GUGGUCCCUCAAAGUUUCCAUCAGACCUGAAGGCAACAGUGCACAUUUUAAAAGAAGAACUAGAAAGGAAAUAAUUCAUGAUGGUUUGGAAAAGCACACUUGUUGCUAUUUUGAUUCUUCAGCUAAUUACCUGGGGAGGUGGACAGGACAUUGACCCUGAUGCACUUUUAAAAUUAAGUUUUCCUCCAGCCAAACCUACGCUCAGUAACCUUUAUGCAGUUUGUCUUCAUGGCAACGGCCGUGCCAGAUACCCUGCAAGCUGUUUUCCUUCUUCAAGUUAUGCUUAUGCUCAUCGAGCCGGAAAUGCAGUAAACAGAUUAGAGGCAUGGUUUGGUCAGUGCUGCUAUGGGGGCGUGGCCACAGGCAAAGGACAGAUCCUUUGCUGUGCCGAACAGGCGUGGAAAACUUCCCUUUCCCAGUUCUGUAUCGAUGAGUUCUCAAUCAUGACCGUAGCACAUGAAUGCUGUGACGUGAAAGGGGAAGACAGGUGGAAUUGCUUUAACAAACAGGCUGCUAAUCCCUCCUACCAGCCCCUUCCUGAUUUCAAUGCCCCAAUGAUACCACCUGACAGGAUUUUCAAUUGGGACCCUAAUACCUGUUAAAGGUCUGGUUGCUAAAUGAAUAUUGUGAUUUAGAAGUAUAUUUCAUAUGAAAACCUGAUCAUUUUUAUUUACUACAGCAGCAUACAUUUGAAAAGUUUUACCAUAUUAAUUCCUUGCUUCUCUAGAGUAAAAUAUUUUUAAAAUGUCAUGCUUUGUGUUUUAGAACAGGUGAAAUAAAUUCUGUUUAUCAACAUGUUUACAUUUUAAAUGUAUAAUUGUGUGUCAUUUAAAAAUAUGCAAUUUUGUGACAAAAACUUCUGAGUGUCAUUUUUUACUCAGUAAAAGUUUUGCAAUGAAUUAUUGGACAUUCAAAAUUAUUUUUGAAUAAACCAAUGCAGAUCAGCUAAUGAUUCUUUUCUGAUUUCUGUAAUGCAGAUGUUGGAAUUCUGGGAGAAAAUCAUUAGUGAACAUAUGAGGAGUGUAUCUAAAGCAA